ACUCAUAUUUAUUGAGCACAUACUGUGGACCAGGCUCUUUACAGGGAUUAUGUCAUUUGAUCCUCAUUUGAUCCUGCUGGGAAAGUCCGAUUACUGGCCUCAUUUUGUAAAUGAGUAACGGGAGAUUUAGACCGAUUAGGCACCUUGCCCAAAGUAACUCAGCUAGAGAGUGGCAAAACUGGUAUUUGAACCUGGGUGGUCUUGAACCCAGGUGGUCUGUGUUCUUACUGAGUCAAGCAGUGGAGGGCACAUUUCAAUUCAGCAACAGAAGUCUGUUUUCCUAGUAGGCCUACAUGCAGGGGCCAAUCCAGUUUUUAAGGGGGCUGAAGCUUAGACAAUUUGGGGGCCCUCUUUAGGAAAAAGAAUAACAGAUUGCAAAUACAAAAUCAAGUACAAAAAAAAGUUUAGAAUGUAAAAAAAUCACAAUAAAACACUUGUGCUAAUUUUAUAAAAAUAUCUGACCAUGUGAAUACUUUUCUAGGGUUCUACACAAAGCCAUCCUUUGCCCUUAGCUCCUACUGAAGUCCUUCAGUCAGAGGUCAAACUACCUUAAAGGCUUCUCUGCGCUUUCCCUCACCACCCUGCAUCCCAGCCACAGACCUUCCCUUGGCUGGGCCCUAGCAAUGGGUUUAGCAGGGCUUUUCUGGCUGUGGCAGCAAGCAUGGCCUGCUCAGUGAGCAAGCUGAAGUGCCAGAGAGUUAAUGCCCUUGGUUGGAAGCAGCCCUCAAAAACUGAUGGGCCCAGAGUUGGUAACCAUUGAAAUCAAGUAGCAUCACACCAGUGGUUCUUAGGGUGUGGUCCUGCAGCACUUGGCAACCUGUUAGAAAUGCACAUUCUCAGAUUCCACCCUACACCUACUGAAGCAGAAACUCUGGAUGGUGGGGCCCAAUAGUUGGUGUUUUAACAAGCCCUCCUAGAGAACCUGAUGCCUGCUUAAAUUUGAGAACCACUGUUCCCAGAGUUCCCUGUUGCCUGGAGCUCCCGUGUCUAUAAUGGUAACCUGCUCAAUAACACCUAUUUUUUUUGUCUCCUUCCUUUGCUUAUCUCACUUCCUCAACUCUUCAACUGAGGCUUCCUAGGAUCAUCUCCAAUAAACUACCUGCACUUUAACCCUUACCUUGGGUCUGCUUCUAGAGGAACACCAGCUCAGGAAGGAUGGCUGUGUUAACAGGUUCAGGUAGAUGGGGGAUGCUGAGGAGAGCACAAGCCUUGGUCUUCAGCUCUGCUGCUGACUUUGGUGCCUGAGAGCUAGCCGACUCAGUAUUUGUCAGAUGGAUGGAUGGAUGGAUGGAUGACUGGGAGAAAGGCAAAGGAUGCUGGGGACCCACCCUGCUUUCUGUGGAUGCUGCUCCAUCCCUUCAACACUGCAGUGUGAUCGCUGCCUUGGAGGCCCACAGUUACAUAGUCUCUCUGACUGUCAACUUCAGGGCUGCCAUGAGCAUCCACAGAGGUUACACACUGUGCAUCGCCAGGAGACAGAUGCCAUUCACCAGGACAGCCACAAAUCACCAAGAGGAGCCAUGAGGUGCCACGUUGCCUCCGGCUGCCUCGUGGUCUGGUUUUUUGUGCUGAUCUCUGGAUGCUGGGGCCAGGUGAACCGGCUGCCCUUCUUCACCAACCACUUCUUUGAUACAUACCUGCUGAUCAGCGAGGAUACGCCUGUGGGUUCCUCUGUGACCCAGUUGCUGGCCCGAGACAUGGACAAUGACCCCUUGGUGUUCGGCGUGUCUGGGGAGGAGGCCUCCCGCUUCUUUGCCGUGGAGCCUGACACGGGCGUGGUAUGGCUCCGGCAGCCUCUGGACAGAGAGACCAAGUCGGAGUUCACAGUGGAGUUCUCUGUCAGCGACCACCAGGGGGUGAUCACACGGAAGGUGAACAUCCAGGUCGGGGACGUGAAUGACAACGCACCCACAUUUCAUAAUCAGCCCUACAGUGUCCGCAUCCCUGAGAACACACCGGUGGGGACGCCCAUCUUCAUCGUGAACGCCACGGACCCCGACCUGGGUGCAGGCGGCAGCGUCCUCUACUCCUUCCAGCCCCCCUCCCAGUUCUUUGCCAUCGACAGCGCACGUGGCAUUGUCACAGUGAUCCGGGAGCUGGACUACGAGACCACGCAGGCCUACCAGCUCACCGUCAACGCCACGGAUCAAGACAAGACCAGGCCUCUGUCCACCCUGGCCAACUUGGCCAUCAUCAUCACAGAUGUCCAGGACAUGGACCCCAUCUUCAUCAACCUGCCUUACAGCACCAACAUCUAUGAGCAUUCUCCUCCGGGCACGACGGUGCGUGUUAUCACUGCCAUCGACCAGGAUAAAGGACGUCCCCGGGGGAUUGGCUACACCAUCGUCUCAGGGAAUACCAACAGCAUCUUUGCCCUGGACUACAUCAGCGGGGCACUGACCUUGAAUGGCCUGCUGGACCGGGAGAACCCACUGUACAGCCACGGCUUCAUCCUGACCGUGAAGGGCACGGAGCUGAAUGAUGACCGCACCCCAUCUGACGCCACAGUGACCACAACCUUCAACGUCCUGGUGAUUGACAUCAACGACAAUGCCCCAGAGUUCAACAGCUCCGAGUACAGCGUAGCCAUCACUGAGCUGGCGCAGGUCGGCUUCGCCCUCCCCCUCUUCAUCCAGGUGGUGGACAAGGACGAGAACCUGGGCCUGAACAGCAUGUUUGAAGUGUACCUGGUGGGAAACAACUCCCACCACUUCAUCAUCUCCCCCACCUCCGUCCAAGGGAAGGCGGACAUUCGCAUCCGGGUGGCCAUCCCCCUGGACUAUGAGACUGUGGACCGUUAUGACUUCGAUCUCUUUGCCAAUGAGAGUGUGCCUGACCACGUGGGCUACGCCAAGGUGAAGAUCACCCUCAUCAAUGAGAACGACAACCGGCCCGUCUUCAGCCAGCCACUGUACAACGUCAGCUUGUAUGAGAAUGUCACCGUGGGGACCUCUGUGCUGACAGUCCAGGCAACAGACAAUGACGUGGGCACCUUUGGGGAAGUCAACUACUUCUUCAGUGAUGACCCUGACCGGUUCUCUAUGGACAAGGACACAGGACUCAUCAUGCUGAUUGCCAAACUAGACUAUGAGCUCAUCCAGCGCUUCACCUUGACAGUCAUCGCACGGGAUGGGGGUGGUGAGGAGACCACAGGCCGGGUCAGGAUCAAUGUGUUGGACGUCAAUGACAAUGUGCCCACCUUCCAGAAGGAUGCCUAUGUGGGUGCCCUGAGAGAGAAUGAGCCUUCUGUCACACAGCUAGUGAGGAUCCGGGCUACAGAUGAAGACUCUCCUCCCAACAACCAGAUCACCUACAGCAUCGUCAGUGCCUCUGCCUUCGGCAGCUACUUCGACAUCAGCCUGUAUGAGGGCUAUGGAGUAAUCAGCGUGAGCCGCCCCCUGGAUUAUGAACAGAUACCCAACGGACUGAUUUAUCUGACGGUCAUGGCCAAGGACGCUGGCAACCCCCCUCUGAACAGCACUGUCCCUGUCACCAUCGAGGUGUUUGAUGAGAACGACAACCCCCCCACCUUCAGCAAGCCUGCCUACUUUGUCUCCGUGGUGGAGAACAUCAUGGCAGGAGCCACGGUGCUGUUCCUGAAUGCCACGGACCUGGACCGUUCCCGAGAGUACGGCCAGGAGUCCAUCAUCUACUCCUUGGAGGGCUCCUCCCGGUUUCGGAUCAAUGCCCGCUCAGGUGAAAUUACCACCACCUCCCUGCUGGACCGUGAGACCAAGUCUGAGUACAUCCUCAUCGUCCGGGCAGUGGAUGGAGGCGUGGGCCACAACCAGAAAACCGGCAUCGCGACAGUGAACAUCACCCUCCUGGACAUCAACGACAACCACCCCACCUGGAAGGACGCUCCCUACUACAUCAACCUGGUGGAGAUGACCCCUCCAGACUCUGACGUGACCACGGUGGUGGCCAUUGACCCAGACCUGGGGGAGAACGGCACCCUGGUGUACAGCAUCCAGCCGCCCAACAAGUUCUACAGCCUCAACAGCAGUACAGGCAAGAUCCGCACCACCCACGUCGUGCUGGACCGGGAGAACCCUGACCCCCAUGAGGCGGAGCUGAUGCGCAAGAUUGUCGUCUCCGUCACGGACUGUGGCACACCCCCUCUGAAAGCCACCAGCAGUGCCACAGUGUUUGUGAACCUCUUGGACCUCAAUGACAAUGACCCCACCUUUCAGAACCUGCCUUUUGUGGCCGAGGUGCUUGAAGGCACCCCUGCGGGGGUCUCCGUCUACCAGGUGGUGGCUGUUGACCUGGACGAGGGCCUGAACGGGCAGGUGUCCUACCGCAUGCAGGUGGGCAUGCCCCGCGUGGACUUCCUCAUCCGCAGCAGCAGCGGGGUCGUGGUCACCACCACCGAGCUGGACCGCGAGCGCAUCGCCGAGUACCAGCUGCGUGUGGUGGCCAGCGACGCGGGCACGCCCACCAAGAGCUCCACCGGCACGCUCACCAUCCGAGUGCUGGACGUGAAUGACGAGACACCCACCUUCUUCCCUGCCGUGUACAACGUCUCCGUGUCCGAGGACGUGCCGCGGGAGUUCCGGGUGGUCUGGUUGAACUGCACCGACAACGAUGUGGGCCUCAACGCGGAGCUCAGCUACUUCAUCACAGGUGGAAACGUAGAUGGCAAGUUCAGCGUUGGCUACCGCGAUGCCGUUGUGAGAACAGUCGUGAGCCUGGACCGGGAGACCACAGCCUCAUACACGCUCGUCCUGGAGGCCAUCGACAACGGCCCUGUGGGCAAGCGGCGCACGGGCACAGCUACUGUGUUUGUCACUGUCCUGGACGUGAAUGACAACCGGCCCAUCUUUCUGCAGAGCAGCUAUGAGGCCAGCGUUCCCGAGGACAUCCCUGAGGGCCACAGCAUAGUACAGCUAAAAGCCACAGAUGCGGAUGAGGGCGAGUUUGGGCGUGUGUGGUACCGCAUCCUUCACGGUAACCAUGGCAACAACUUCCGGGUCCACAUCAGCAAUGGGCUCCUAAUGCGAGGGCCCCGGCCCCUAGACCGGGAGCGGAACUCAUCCCAUGUUCUGAUAGUGGAGGCCUACAACCACGACCUGGGCCCCAUGCGGAGCUCCGUCAGGGUGAUAGUGUACGUGGAAGACGUCAACGACGAGACCCCAGUGUUUACGCAGCAGCAGUACAGCCGCCUGGGGCUCCGCGAGACGGCAGGCCUCGGCACGUCGGUCAUCGUCGUCCGAGCCACGGACCGGGACACUGGGGAUGGUGGCCUGGUGAACUACCGCAUCCUGUCAGGGGCGGAGGGGAAGUUCGAGAUUGAUGAGAGCACAGGGCUUAUUAUCACCGUGGAUUACUUGGACUACGAGACCAAGACCAGCUACCUGAUGAACGUAUCUGCCACCGACCAGGCACCCCCCUUCCACCAGGGCUUCUGCAGCGUCUACAUCACUCUGCUCAACGAGCUGGAUGAGGCUGUGCAAUUCUCCAAUGCCUCCUACGAGGCUGCCAUCUUGGAGAACCUGGCACUGGGCACCGAGAUUGUGCGGGUCCAGGCCUACUCCAUUGACAACCUCAACCAGAUCACCUACCGCUUUGACGCCUACACCAGCACCCAGGCCAAAGCCCUCUUCAAGAUAGAUGCUAUCACGGGUGUGAUCACGGUCCAGGGCCUGGUGGACCGGGAGAAAGGUGACUUCUACGCCUUGACGGUGGUGGCAGAUGACGGCGGCCCCAAGGUGGACUCCAGCGUGGUCUACAUCACUGUGCUGGAUGAGAAUGACAACAGCCCCCGGUUCGACGUCACCUCUGACUCACUGGUCAGCGUGCCUGAGGACUGCCCCGUGGGCCAGCGUGUGGCCACCGUCAAGGCCCGGGACCCUGAUGCCGGCAGCAACGGGCAGGUGGUCUUCUCCCUGGCCUCUGGCAACAUCGCCGGGGCCUUUGAGAUCAUCACCACCAACGACUCCACUGGCGAAGUGUUUGUGGCCAGACCCCUGGACAGAGAAGAGCUGGACCACUACAUCCUCAAGGUUGUGGCAUCUGACCGUGGCACCCCUCCACGAAAGAAGGACCACAUCCUGCAGGUGACCAUCCUGGACGUCAAUGACAACCCUCCAGUGAUCGAGAGCCCCUUUGGGUACAAUGUCAGUGUCAACGAGAAUGUGGGCGGCGGUACCGCUGUGGUCCAGGUGAGAGCCACUGACCGUGACAUCGGGAUCAACAGCGUCCUGUCCUACUACAUCACUGGGGGCAACGAGGACAUGACCUUCCGCAUGGACCGCGUCAGUGGCGAGAUCGCCACGCGGCCUGCCCCACCCGACCGCGAGCGCCAGAGCUUCUACCACCUGGUGGUCACCGUGGAGGACGAGGGCACCCCUACCCUGUCGGCCACCACCCAUGUGUACGUGACCAUCGUGGAUGAGAACGAUAACACACCAGUGUUCCAGCAGCCCCACUACGAGAUCUUGCUGGAUGAGGGCCCAGACACAAUCAACACCAGCCUCGUCACCAUCCAGGCACUAGACCUGGAUGAGGGGCCCAAUGGCACAGUGACCUAUGCCAUAGCUGCAGGCAACAUCAUCGACACCUUUCGUAUCAACAGGCACACGGGUGUCAUCCGUGCUGCCAAGGAGCUAGACUACGAGAUCAGCCAUGGCCGCUACACCCUGAUCGUCACUGCCACGGACCAGUGCCCCGUCUUGUCCCAUCGCCUCACCUCCACCACCACGGUGCUUGUGAACGUGAAUGACAUAAACGACAACGUGCCCACCUUCCCCAGAGACUAUGAGGGGCCAUUUGAUGUCACUGAGGGCCAACCAGGACCCAGAGUGUGGACCUUCCUGGCCCGUGACCGAGACUCAGGCCCCAAUGGGCAGGUGGAGUACAGCAUCGUGGAUGGAGACCCUCUUGGGGAGUUUGUGAUCUCUCCUGUGGAGGGGGUGCUGCGGGUCCGGAAGGAAGUGGAGCUGGACCGGGAGACCAUUGCUUUCUACAACCUGACCAUCUGUGCUCGAGACAGAGGGGUGCCCCCGCUCAGCUCCACGAUGCUGGUGGGGAUCCGGGUGCUGGACAUCAAUGACAACGACCCUGUGCUGCUCAACCUGCCCAUGAACAUCACCAUCAGUGAGAACAGCCCCGUCUCCAGUUUUGUCGCCCGCAUCCUGGCCAGUGACGCUGACAGUGGGUGCAAUGCCCUCCUCACCUUCAACAUCACAGCAGGCAACCGAGAGCAGGCCUUCUCCAUCAAUGCCACGACAGGGAUCGUCACUGUGAACCGGCCCCUGGACCGCGAGCGGAUCCCAGAAUACAAGCUGACCAUUUCCGUGAAGGACAACCCAGAGAAUCCACGCAUAGCCAGGAGGGAUUUUGACUUGUUGCUGAUCUUUCUCGCCGAUGAGAAUGACAACCGGCCCCUCUUUACUGAGAGCACCUACCAGGCGGAAGUGAUGGAGAACUCUCCUGCGGGUAGGUGCUGGGCCCGCCUGGGAACUCCCGCUGCUGCCAGUCACCACCUGGGCCCCAGAUGCCUGAGGACCUCCCUUGUGCCUGGUGGGGGCCCAGCUGUGGCCUGGCUGAACACAGACCUGGCAAGUGCAGAAGGAUGUGGAGGGCCCACAGCUCUGAAGAGCUGGUGGGCCAGGGCUGCCAGGCCUCUUAGGGGCCACCAAAGAAGCCACAGGUCUGGUUGGAAGUGGCCAUUGGUGCCCAAGGUUGUCUGAGAACAGCCCCACUGCCCCUCCUUGAGGGGCAUUACGGUGUGAGGACUACCCAGGAGGGGAAUAAGCCCAGCCCUCCCUGCUCCCUGCGCUCCAGGAGCGUAG